GCUCGCGUGGAUUCUCCCAUCAUUAGCGCUAGUUUCAUUCUCCCUCUUUUCCCAACAUCCGUCUGUCCCCUCGCCAUACCCAGGCGUUCAGGAAGAAAAAAUUAGUUAACAAGGCAUCUGAGGGGGUCAGACACGCCGUACGGUGCAAUAGACGACGCAAAAGAAGAGAUCAAGGACUCUUUUCGCGAUAACUGAAUAAUACGCUAUUACUGAGGGGCAAUUCAAAAUAUACAUAUCGACGCAGCACGCCAUGUCAUACAAUGCUUCAGGCGGCUGGGGAGCCGGCCCGCAACAGGCUGAAAACGUAGACGAUGGUGGAUGGGGUGGACCUCCCGAGGCAGUCGAAUGGGCCCCGCCCGGUGCUUGGCCUUCCGAUCCCCCUCCCAAACCUGCUCCAACUGCUACAGCUGAGAUCAGCCAACCUGCCCCUGCUCCAGAGCCUACACCUGCUCCGGUCCAAGCUGAAUCAGUCAAGACUGGCGCAAGCGAAACCCAAGAAGCUGAAGAUGGCGGCGGCUGGGGUGGUUCUGCCGAAGUUGUCAACCCGGCUUCCGUCCCUAUUCCUCCUUCCACCGCUGCCACCUCCACAGUCUCCGCUGCAUCCGUCUCUGUUCCUUCUUCUGAUGUGGGUGCUGAUGCCGGCGAGACCCAAGACGAUAAUGCCGGCGGCUGGGGUGGCGAACCCGCCAAGCCCUCUGCCGACAACGAGGACGAUCGGACCGCUCCGGUUACUGGCAAUGUUACUUUGAACGGAUGGGAUGGAUCUCAGCAUGCGCAAAAGGGCGUGAGCGAUGGCGAAUGGAAGCAGCCUGAACCUGAGCCUCAGCAAGAUAACGCCGGUGGAUGGGGUGCCGAGCCUGCGUCUUUGAAGACUAGCAACAGCGACAAUGAUGCUGGUGGUUGGGGAUCGCCCGAGCCACAACAGGCCAAUGGUGGCUGGGAUGCUCCCGUUCCCUCGUCCAACGACAACGCCGGCGGGUGGGAAGAGCCUCAGCCCCCUGUUCGUGCUCCUAGGAGUCAGACUUCCAAUUCUGGUGGAUGGGACUCUCAAUCCCAAUCCACCGGUAAUGGCAACGCCGGUGGUUGGGACAACACCGAUACACAGUCUAUCCACUCUCAACGUUCGCAAUCCGCCGUUCACUCGGCACAUCUCUCCCGACAAUCCGGGCCCCAGUCUCAAUCUCGGUCAAUCAACUAUGGCUACGGUGGCGGCCGGGACGCUUCUGAUGUGGGCGUGUAUAUCCCCGAUGCAGUCGUGAGUCGAGGACCAUGGGACAGACCGUUUGUCAUGCCGCAGAGCGAUAAUGGAUGGGCCGGGUUUGCCGCGAGGAGGAGAGGUGGGGCAGCGGGAGGUGCGGGGAGGGGAGGGUAUGGUGAUAAUGGAGGAAGACAGCCUCAGCGUCAGCAGCAGCAGCAAGGUGGCUGGGACGCCGAACCUGCUCAGGCAUCCGGCGGAUGGGGAAGUGAAUCCGUCCAGCAAUCUUCUGGCGGAUGGAACGCCGAGCCUACGCAACAGUCCUCUGGUGGAUGGGGAGCUGAACCUGCCCAAACCUUUUCUAAUGAUGCCGACGAUGGAGGAUGGGGUGCUGAUCCCGCUCCUAUCAAGUCUACUUCCACUUCUGUCUCUGCCUCUGCGCCUGUUCCCGCUCCAGCUCCAGCUCCCGUGCCAGCUCAAGCUCAGGUAGAUAACAAUGCUGGUGGCUGGAGUGCUGACCCUGUGCCCGCUGCCGACUCCUCCAGCGACGAUGCCGGUGGCUGGGGUUCACCCGAGCCUGUGCAGAGGACACCCAAGGCCAAAACCAAGGUUGUGGAUGAUGCCGGUGGAUGGGGUGCUGAGCCUGCUCCUGUACCUGUCCAGACCAACCAAGCUCAGUCAAAUGACGACACAGGGGGAUGGGGUGCGGAGCCCGCUAGCAAUGGAAGUGGCGAUACCGGCGGAUGGGGUGACACCACUCAAUCUCAACCCCAAUCCCAAUCCCAAUCCAACUCUGGCAGUGGCGGAUGGGGUGACGAUACCCAAUCCCAAUCUCAGUCUCAGUCCCAGAAUAGCGGCGGAUGGGGCGACGAGCCUGCUCCUUUGGGCGAAAACAACUGGGGUAGCCGAAGUGGCGGGGGAGCUUCCCAACAGCCUACUGAGAGUGGGUUUGGAGGUGGCUUGCAGGGCGGCUACAGCAGUGGUGGUGGUGAUGGAAGAGGCCGAGGCUUUGGGGGAGAGUGUCAUCACUGUGGAAAGACCGGCCAUAUUGCUCGUAUGUGCCCUGACACUGGAUACUCUGGUUCUCCCAAUGAUUGCUUCCGAUGUCAACAACCUGGUCACAUGGCUCGUGAAUGCCCCAACACCUUUGGCGGUGGAGAUGCCUGUUUCAAAUGCGGUCAGCCUGGUCACUUUGCUCGUGAAUGUCCUGGCGCGUAUGGUGGCGGUGGUGGCGGCUUUGGCGGCAGUAAUGGUGGUUUCCGUGGCGGCUUUGCCCCUCCCGCUUCUGGUGCCAACGCUGUCACGAACGUUACUGGUGCCACUGGCUGGGGCUUCCGAAAAGCUUACCUCUCCCAAAACCCUAAUGCCGGGGAACGUAGUCAGAGCUCUUGGGAUUCCUCCAACUUCAACUCUGGCGGUGGUAACGGUGGGGGGGACAACAGCAACGGUUCCGGUACCGAUCGCCCUGCUCGUACAUCGUGGAAGGAUGACGCCAGCUCUGGGCACAGCGCACUCUCUCGCGACAGAGACCUCACUGGCUGGUCCGUUCAUGAAAAAUGGGAAAAUGAGAAAGUCAGUUUGCCCAAGCACAAGCGAGAGAUUCUCGCAGGACAGUCAUGGUUGGAGGAAGAUGAUGGCACGUCGCUCGCGGCUGAGGCGGUCGUGGAGGAUGAUAACACUAGCAGCGGAUGGGGCGCGAUGAAAGCCGCGCGAGCAAACCAACCCGAGCCCAAGACGGAAGACGACGGUGGAUGGGGAGGAGCGCCUGUGCCUGCCCAGAACCAAGAUGAAGAUGAUGGAGGAUGGGGCGGCGCGCCUGUUGCUCUGCCCUCCGGCGGUAAAGAAGAUGCUGGCGGAUGGGGAGACAACGGGGGCAGCAAUGAUGGUGAAAUGGGUGGUGGACCGGAGACGACUCCCAAAGCCCAGCCUGCGCGACUGAAACCCGAGCCUUCUGCUCAGUCUCAGCCUCAAACUGGUGGAUGGGAUGUGGAGCCGGUGCAACCUCAAGCCCAAACUAGUUCAGACGACAACGCCGGCGGAUGGGGUGCUGAACCUGUUAGUAACGGAGCGAACGACGAUGCUGGUGGAUGGGGCGCCCCCGAACCUAAGCAAAUCUCCCGCCCAUCUAACGGUGGUGGAUGGGGCGCGUCUGAACCUGAGCCUGUAAGCAGUGGCGGUGGUAGUGGAUGGGGUCAACAGGGCGGUCGAGGUAACUUUGGCGGCAAUGACUCUUCGGGCACUUCUAUUAGCAGUCAAGCCGGUCGUCGCCCAGGUGUACGCACCCCUUGGGCGGAGAGGUCUGUUAUGAAGACUAACCAAACUGGGAAGUGGGGCAACGAUGGCUUUGAGCAGCUUGAGAGAGAUUGGCAGACGUAUGGUCGAGGUGGCUUUGGUGGUCGCGGACGCGGUGCACCUCGGGGACGUGGUGGAUUUGGCGGUGGUUUUGGCUCUCGCGGUGAUGAUGGUGAUAACUUCCAGUCUAGGGACAAUGGAUGGGGCGCUCGUGCUUCUUCCAAUGCUAACGAUAAUGGUGCCUUUGCCCCCACCGCUUCCAAUGUGAAUGCCGGUGGUUGGGAUGCAACUCCCGCGCCUGUUCCCGAUGCGUCGUCGAACAACGAUGAUGGCGGAUGGGGUAGUGCGCCUGCUCCUGUUCCUGCCGCUUCUUCCAAUAAUGACGAUGGUGGAUGGGCUGGUGAGCCUGCUCCUGUCUCUGCCCCUGCUGCCCCGUCAAACGAGGAUCAUGGUGGAUGGGCUGGUGAGCCCGACUCUGUGACCGCACCUGUGCAGUCCACUCAAGCUCAAGCCGACGAUGGCGGAUGGAGGGGUGAGCCCGAAAAGCAGAGUUCUGUUCCAGCAUCUACUGCUCCUGUCCAGGAAUCUGCAUCUGCGGAUGAUGACGGUGGAUGGGGUGGCGAACCAGAGAAGGUUGAGGUUGCUCGCGGCCCUGACUCCAUUCCAGUCUCCGCUUCCAAAGAGGAGACCAAGCCCGAGGAGGACGACGGUGGAUGGGGUAAUGAGUCGAAGAAGGUCGAGGCGCCUGUUGCUCCUGCGCCUGCUCCAGUUGAGGAACCCAGGACGGAGCCUGAAGAUGGCGGAUGGGGUGGAGAGCCUGAAAAGGUCGAGCAACCUCAAGAAAAGCGACCCGUUGAAGCCGAACAGCCAGAAUCGAAAGCUGACGAGGAGUCCAAACCCGCCAUCAAGGCUGAAAUCAAUCCCGCUUCCGAUUCCAAGCCUUCCUCUGUCGCAGGUUCGGUCAAGGCCGAGUCUGUUUCUUCCAAGCAAGACGCUGAGCACCAUACUCCCAAGUCGGUCGCCUCUAGCCUCCGGGAAUCCUCUGCUCCUCCUUCCCAAGGCGCUUCCUCCCCUCGACCCUUUGCUCAGCCGUUUACCCCUCGAACUGUGCAAAACUCGCUCCUUUUCGCUAGCCCUGUGCAGCGACACAUCUCCCCAGUGCCUUCGAUCGUGGGUGCCGGCUAUCUCGACGGCCGAGCGUCACCCUUCACCCCGGGUUACAUUUCCCCUCUUGCUGCUCCUGGGCCUUACCCCAUCCCUGCUGCCCCUGUCGGUGUCCCUCCUGUCCCUGCUUACACCGCACCCAUUCCAGUUAUUCCAGCGGUGAGCCCGCCCAUCCAGCCUUCCGGCCCGCGAUACUUUGAGCCUGCCAGGUCCGACUCUCGAGUCUCCAUCAAGACGCCUAAUGGUGCGCCUGUCAUGUCACCUGCUGGAUCCAACGCAUCGCUCCCUACAAGCUCGCCCGUUGGCCAGGCUGGGUACUAUGAAGUCCCCCAUGUACCUGUCGGGCAAGAAGGCUACUACCAGCAGGCGAUGAACCCUUAUGACUCCAUGUCAUCUCAUGUCAGUGUCCCUGUUGCCGUGGGCGGGCAGGGUAUGUCCGGCUUUGUGGAAGGUCCUGAUGGGGCUUAUUAUCCCGUCAGUCAGCAGCCUGGGUAUGGGUACCGACCGUUUGGGUACGGUAUGUGAAGACAGGCGACAUCUAUUACGUGUGGCGGGAUGGUGUGCAGAAAGCUGGAUAAAGAGGUAAAGAUGUAAAAAAAAGAUAUCAGUGAAUGUUUACGAGAUUCGGGAGGAUCAUAGCUGGAUAUUUGAUAAAGUUUUCAAAGUUGAAAGGUUUCUUUCUUAUUUAUUUUACUUUUUGAAGCAUAAGCAUAUUAGGGGAGGGCAUGGAGAUGUAUGCAUUUCGUUCGUUUUGGA